CAGUCUUCAGUCCUCCGCCGUCCUCUCCCCCUCUACUUCGCCUACUCACUUUACACUUUACAGAGAGCUCUCUCUCUCUCUCUCUCUCUCUCUCUCUCUCUCUUCAGUAUACAGUCUGUAGUCUGUAAUCACCUUCCUCCAAAACCUCAGCCAGCGUUGCUCAAUCCCACCCCGACAUUAAUUUUUUUAAUAAAGUUUCCACCUUUUCUUUGUUUGUUUUUAAAUCUAAUCUCUCUUUUUGAGGCCUCCCUUCAGAUUGGAUUGGUGCUAUUCAUUUGAUGCUGUGCUGUAGCUCUUCUUUCCCCUCUUUCCCAUUCCCCAAACUCUGCACAUUCUCCUCCCCACCCUUUUUCUCAUCACGCUCGCGAAAUCAUUCCUCCCUUGCCUUCUCCUUUCAAAAUUGGUCAUCAUUGAUUCAGCUAGCAAUUCCCAUCUGCAACCCAUGAGCCUCCCCCUCACUGUAAGUUUCUCCCACUUCCCCCUUCUUUGAUUUCAACAAGUUCUGGGUCUUUGCGUAGCUGUUGAUCUUGAUGGAUAGCUAAAGGUGCUAGCUUUUUUCUCCCCUGAAUCUUGUGUGUUCAUUGCAGGGUUCUUGAGAUCUGAAUUAAAAAGUUUUGAAGUUAACGUUGGCUGGACAUUUGGCAAUGCUGAGGCAGAAUCGGACCGCGGCGGCAAUGGAUGAAUUGCUGCCUGGGAAAAUCAGGAAACGGGGGUGUUCCUCGUCGGCGUCGUCUUCCUCCUCCGUCAUUCAGAACUACCGGUUCAAGAGGGCGAUUCUGGUGGGGAAGAGGACUGGAUCCACUACUCCGGUCCCCAUGUGGAAGCUGAUGGGUUCCACUCGCACUCCCUCGUCGGCAUCGCGCCGCCUGGGCUCCCCCAAUUACGCCGCUUCCCUGCACGGCGGCGGAGGAAGUAAAGGAGUUAAGCAGCAGCAGCAGCAGGGUCCGGUGUCGGCAAGGAAAUUGGCGGCCACACUCUGGGAGAUGAAUGAGGUCCCGUCGCCGAGGAGGCCGGAGACGGUCGGCUCGGUGGAGAGGAGAUUAAGGAAGGAGGGAAAGGCUAGGGAGAGGGCGGCGGCGGCGGCGGCUAGGUCCGUCCAUUCUGGUUCUCUGCCUCCCCAUUUGUCUGAUCCCUCCCACAGCCCUGUUUCUGAGAGGGGUGAUCGCUCUGGGGCUGGAAGCCGCCACAGAAGAGCAUCCUCGAUUUCACAGAAGCUUAGGCUUAUGGAACACCAGAGUGCUGCUCCGUUUGACUCUGUUAGCAAUGCCAGCUUCAUGGAGGUUGAGUCUAGGUCCCGUGUCCAAACACCCACUGGAUCUACUACCACCAAUGUGGUAACCAAAACCCGUUUAAAGGACAUCAGCAAUGCAUUGACCACUUCAAAGGAGCUUCUUAAAAUCAUCAACCGUGUAUGGGGAACCGAACAACGACCUUCAUCCAGCAUGUCUCUGAUAUCAGCAUUGCACGCUGAGCUCGAGAGGGCUCGCUUACAGGUCAACCAGUUCAUCCACGAACACCGCGCUGACCAGAAUGAGAUUAAUUUUCUGAUGAAGUGCUUCGCCGAAGAAAAGGCAGCAUGGAAGAACAAGGAGCAGAAACUAGUCGAGGCUGCAAUCGAGUCCAUUGCUGGAGAGCUCGAGGUGGAGAAGAAGCUUAGGAGGAGGGUCGAGAGCUUGAACAAGAAGCUGGGAAAAGAACUCGCAGACACAAAGGCUUCAUUAGCAGAUGCUGUGAAGGAGCUCGAACAUGAGAAGAGAGCGAGAGCCGUCAUUGAGCAUGUUUGCGAUGAACUGGCCAAUGACAUUGGGGCAGAUCAUAAAGCUGAAGCUGAAGAGAUGAAGAGAGAAUCUACAAAGCUGUAUGAAGAAGUGGAGAAGGAGAGGGAGAUGAUGCAGUUGGCUGAUGUUUUGCGAGAGGAGAGAGUGCAGAUGAAGCUCUCCGAAGCUAAGCAUCAGCUCGAGGAGAAGAAUGCUGCAGUAGAUAAACUGAGGGCUCAACUUGAAGUCUUCCUAGGGGGAGCCAAAACAGCUGCAGCGCUCAAGGAGAAAGGACGGGCUUAUCUGAGUAGAGCUCACUUUGCAUCAUAUGGUGAUGAAGUGGACGGCGAAGGAGAGGUAGAAAACGGGGAAGUGUGUGAGGAUUUAGACACAGGCGAGAGCGAUUUGCAUUCCAUAGAGUUGGGGAUGGACAUGUCCAAGAGGUCCUAUAACUUCCCCUACCCUUCUGGAACUCCUCGUGAUCCUAGAAGGGUGAAAAAUGAAGAAGAAGAAAUCAAGUACAGGAAGUCUAUUGCAGGGAGAGUAUCUAGGAGGAGUAGUUCUCUACAACGGAGUGUUUCAGACGUUGCUGAAUGGAAUGGGAAGAACGAGAGGGACGGUUUAGAGCGGGGCAGGUUCAGUGAAUUUGUGAGGUCUCCACAUGGGAAUGGUUAUGGGGAGGAUGUUUAUGGAUAUCAAUCGAUGAAGGGUCGUCGAGACUUGCUAUUAUGUGGUUCUGGGGUUGAAACUGCCCGAAGCUAUGGUAGUCCCACACGGCAUUUAGUGCAGCAGCAGGCAAGGCUAUCAGGUCAAGAUCGACCUCCAACUGUAACAGGGAUCAUAUCAAAAUCGAGGCUUUCAGAAACCAGGACUGAAGCUCAGAGCAGUGGUAGGAAAUCCAGAAGGUGAGGAAAUUUGAUUGCUGGCACAUUCCAUGGAGCUGUGUUAAUGAGAGUUCAGUAAAUCGCUGCGCAGGCUUUGCUUGCAAUUAACCUAUUUGGAAACCAACAGAACUGGUGGUGGUGUUGUUUGUAGAGAAAUGGUGGCAGAGAAGUGUGUGGGAAUUGGUGGAAGAAUUUAAGAGUUCCUGAUUUUUGUACAAAUGCAGCUCUUUAACUAAUGCUCCUUCAUUAUGAAGCUUUAUCAGUAUUAUAAAUUUGUGUCUAUCUUCUGCUUCUGGUGUGGUUGUUCAUGUUUAAGUGCAGGAAAAAAGAGAGGUAUUUUAGAAUACCUCAUUUGGUUGUUCACUUCCCUUCUUCUUUCCUUCUCUCUUCUUCUCUCUCUCUACCUACCAUCGAACCCGGGACCAGAAGGCUGUGUUUAUAACACACAACCAACAGACCACAGGGAUGGCCGGUGCUAAAAACAUUCCAACUACCAUCAUAAACUGUAGGCGAACGU